AUGGAUAUCGAAAAAGCUACCAGUGCCCAGACGAUCUUGGCUCCAGUCGACAUCAAUAUUGCCCACGAUGAGCAGGCUCGGAUAAAUGCUAGACCUGAUACCAUCGCAGUAGGACCUGCUACAGCGCCUGGCAUCGCAACAUGGAGACUCGUGUCGUUAUAUGGCAGUGUCUGUAUUGGGCUCUUCUUAUCGUUCUUGGACACAUCGAUCAUCGCAACUGCAAUCUACACAAUUAGUGUAGAAUUCCACUCAUUAUCCAAGGUCAAUUGGAUUGCCUUGUCAUACACACUUGCCUACGUUGGCUGCACUGCCAUCUUUGCCAGCCUCUCCGACGUGAUCGGUCGUCGUAACGCCUAUGUCGCUGCAUUUGUAAUCUUCCUCGCUUUCUCACUCGGAUGUGGUUUCAGUCAAAGUCUCGACCAGCUCAUAGCCAUGCGGGCACUACAGGGAGUGGGCGGUUCAGGCUUGUACUCAGUGGGCUUCGUUAUUCUUACUGAGAUUGCAUCGCCGCGUAUGUCCAAGAUGAUCGGUGCUUUGGCAGGAGCCAUCAUUGCGAUGUCUGGCAUUCUGGGGCCAGUUCUAGGCGGUGUCAUAACGAACUAUACGUCUUGGCGCUGGGUCUUCUGGGCGAAUGCUCCUGUUGGCAUCAUCCCGCUUAUCCUUUUCAUUGGAGCGUGGUCCGAAAACGCUCGGGUCCGAGGUUUCCAGCGCCGCAGUUUCAAGCAGAUCGAUAUCUUAGGUUUCCUUCUCUUGGUUGCUUCUUCUGUACCUUCGGUAAUUGCUUUCCAGCAAGCUGGGAUCCAGAUUCUCUUGGAUAGCGCCGUCUGGUCGUCUGCACUUUUCGUUGCUCCACUCGUCGUCGGUGUCCUAUGCUUUGUCGCGCUCUUGGCCUGGGAGUGGUUCGUUGCAAGGCGCUGGCCUGACACUGUAGGUGCACUCUUCCCAAUACGACUAGCUAAGAACAGAGUCUACAUAUCAGCAGUGGUCACGACGAUGCUGACAGGCUUCCCAUAUUUCUUCAUCAUAUACUCGCUGCCGACACGGUUCCAGGUGGUCAACGGAAAAAAUGCUAUUGUGUCGGGCAUAGCUCUACUACCAAUGCUUGGUGCUUCUGCUAUCGGAACGACUAUUGCUGGUGCGGCUUCGAGUAAAAGAAACAACACCUUCCCGGUCAACGUCGUCGGUGCUGCUCUUAUGCUAGUUGGAGCUGCAUCUCUGUCUACACUAGGCAAUACUGUGGUUCCGCAAGCUCGAGCCUAUGGGCUGCAAGUCUUCCUCGGCUUUGGUUUCGGCCUGACUGUCAGUAAUUCAACUUUACUCGCAACCAUUGAAGCCGAGCAGCGCGAUACAGCGGUCGCACAAGGCAUCAUGGCUCAGGUGCGUGUGCUAGGGGGAAGUAUCGGUAUCGCUGCAUCAACAGCUAUCUUAGGUGUCAAACAGCGUCGGCAGCUUCUAGACCCGAUGGUGGUUAGUGUUGCGCAGUUGGGAUCACUUGCCAAUUCCAUGCGUACCCUUUCACCAGACGCGGCCUUCGCCGUUCGCCAAACGUAUACAGAUGCAUUCAACGAGACUCUUGUCGUUUGCUCUGUCGUCAGCGGUGUGGCUCUGCUAGCAAGUCUUGCAGCGUGGCGGAAGCAACCCACAGUUAUGAAGAUCAGAAAAUAA